GUUGCUCUACUGUAUAUACUGUGUCUAUGUAGAAAAAGAAGUGAGUUCGUCAUGUCAAUCAAAAGAUAGCACUUUUACGUUUCUUCAAAUCCACGUAACGUGUCAUUGUGUGUAUACUCGCAUUUUUUGUGACAAAUUCGUGCUACUUUUCUACUUUAUACGUUACACGGUAUCGGCAAAGAUCAGCGUUCAAGUUUGGUAAUCCGUCUUAUCUUCGAGGUUAGAACUGUAUUCUCAUCACAACGGGGGCCGAACAGUCAGCAAUGUCCGUCUCUCAGAUGGAAAAGAACUUAUUUAAUUUAAAAUUUGCGGUAAAAGAAUUAGAAAGAAACUCAAAGAAAUGUGAGAAGGAAGAGAAAAUAGAGAAGUCAAAGAUCAAGAAGGCGAUACAAAAGGGUAAUAUGGAAGGUGCUCGCAUUCAUGCAGAGAAUGCAAUUCGACAGAAGAAUCAAGCCUUGAAUUAUCUUAGAAUGAGCGCCAGAGUAGAUGCAGUAGCUAGUAGAGUGCAGACUGCAUUGACAACUCGCAAAGUUACUCAAUCCAUGGCUGGUGUUGUCAAAGCCAUGGAUGCUGCUAUGAAAUCAAUGAAUUUAGAGAAGAUUUCUGGACUUAUGGACAAAUUUGAGAGCCAAUUUGAGGAUCUGGAUGUGCAAAGUUCAUACAUGGAGAAUGCUAUGUCGCAAACCACGACUACUAAUGUACCCCAGAAUGAUGUAGAUUCUCUGAUGCAGCAAGUUGCAGACGAAGCUGGAUUGGAAUUGAACAUGGAACUUCCAUCAGGUCAACUUGGCAGUAUUGGCACUUCAACAGCAGUAAGCCAAGAGCAAGAUGAAUUAACACAGAGAUUAGCACGACUUAGAGAAUAGUGCUUUAAUGUAUAUUAUAAUUGAGAUGUUUUAUAAAUUAUGUAAUAUAUUCCUAAUAUUGUUACAAUAAUUAUUGUAGACUUAUGACCGAAAUUAGGGAUGCACCGGAUCGUAAAAUUAUCUGAUAUCGGAUAUUCAAAAUAUAACAUCGGAUAUCUGGGAAGGCAAUUUUUCAAGUCGAAUAUCCGAUAUUUUCCGGAUAUCCGAUCGGAACAAUGUCUAAAAAAAAGCUAAAUAAAACAAAAAAAAGGAGCAAAACGAAAAAACGAUUGUGAGAAAAAAAUAGUGAUAAUAAUUAUAAUUGCA